AUGAAAGUUAUUCAAAAUGAAGCAUUUACUGCAGAUUAUAUAAAAAGCUUAAAAUCAUUGAAUGUCUUCAAAGAUGAAAAAGGAAUAUAUAGAAUUAAAACAAAAUUGACAGAGAGAAAUGGUACCGAGAAUUUUAGAUUGCCUAUUUUGCUUCCAGAAAAACUUAUGUUGGUUGAUAUGCUAAUCAAAGAGAAGCCUUUGAAAUGUUUACAUGCUGGACUGCAAAUUUUACUGUCCAAUUUAAGAGAAAAUUAUUGGAUUAUUAAUGGACGUCGAGCAGUUCGUCGCAUCCUCAAAACCUGUGUUAGAUGCAAACGAUAUAAGGCACGAAGUAUAAAAACUGUUCCCGUAGGUUUACCUGAAGACAGAGUUAAAGAAGCUUCUGUUUUUGAAGUGGUCGGUAUAGAUCUUGCCGGAGCUCUUCAUUUAAAGGAAGGUGUGAAAAGUUGGAUUGUCAUCUACACAUGUGCCGUUUAUCGAUCAAUACAUCUCGAACUGGUGCAGUCACUUUCAACUAAGGCGUUCCUUUUGAGUUUACGAAGAUUCAUUGCUCGCCGAGGAAGACCUCACAUCAUCUAUUGUGACAACAGGAGUAAUUUUAUAGGAGCUGAGAAUCUACUUCAGUCCUUAGACUGGAAGUCAAUUGAAGCUGAAACAUCAGUAUACAAAAUUGAAUGGAAAUUUAAUCCACCGUCUGCUCCCUGGUAG